AUGAGAGCUGUGGCAGCUGCGGCGAAGCAGCCAGAGACCGCUGGCAUAACACUAGACCUGUGCGAAUGGCUUCAUGACGCUGAUAAAGGAAUUGAGCAACUUGGCCUGAACUCUGUACCAGAUCUCGAGUCAGAGAGUAAAGGGAUGGUUCGCGUGAUAAUUGCGCCUCGCGACACACCAACACCGGGAGCAGAUGCGCUGGUAGAGCUUUUCGAUUCAUGCGGUAUUCCGAGCGCGUUUGUAGACGAGAGCCUGCGAGACGUUUCUCAAUCUUUUGCAGCGCGCGAAGACGCCGAUGGCACGACGUGGAUCUGGUUCCACCUCUUGUGUAAAACGUUAGCAGUGAUCGAUAACAAGAUCGCGCCCAGCCCAAACUUCGCGAAGUUUGAGGACAAACUAGCCAAGAGUCGACAGGCGGCGCAAGCUCAAAGCCAGGCAAACUUCUCCUGGAUCAAGACAGGCAUUGUCUUGAAGAUUCGGAAGCAAUCAGACAACCCGCCUCCGCCUGUACGAACGUCGAGUUCUGAUAGUGAUAAGACGUUGGCUCCUACCCCGACCAAAGCCGCGGUAGAGCUAAUAUGUUUCGGCGCACCUAGCACCCUACGGGACAGACUUCGGGCACUGACGAAGACGACAUCAUGCGAGGCGUUGCUGGAAGAUCCACACAUGCUGCUCGAGCUCGUGUUCGAGGAGAUGUACAAGCUCCUGGACUGGACAGCCUGGGCUGUGUCGGAUACGUUCGGGCCUUUGGAGACAGUGUGUGCGCUCCUCAUUCCAUCAAGUGUCAUGCUAAUGUACUGUCAGCAAACUUUGGGGAUAGCCAGCAGGGUUGGCAAAGCGACAGAGGACCUGCCGAAGGACCUCUUCACUGGGCUUCACAACCUGGCCAAGCAUGCCAUAUACCUCCACGAGAACUGUGAAGCAGCAUUAGCCACACUAAACGAUCUGUAUACCCACCAUACAACACUGAUGGGCAAUGGCCCGAGCACCGACCCGAGCACCUUACGGAGACAAACCCAAGAGGCACUCAAAUAUCGACAGACGCUAUUUGAAUCGACGCAGCGACGGCUGGCAAGUCUCAAUGCGCGCAUCUCGAACAUUAUCGGCUUGUCGUUCAACAUCGUCACGCAGGGCGAUAGCAAGUUGAUGCAGUCGGAGAACCAGAGUAUGAAGACAAUCGCGGUCAUGACGCUCUGGUUCAUGCCACUAGGCACGGUGGCAUCCAUCUUUGGUAGCCAGUUCAUGAAGCUGCAGGAUGAGUGGCCGCAUCAUAUUACCGUAUCGCAGGACUUUUGGCUAAUGUGGGGUAUGUGA